AUGCCUUAUUUAUUAUAUCUAGCAGAGAAACGGCAAAAACAAGAAUUAUUUAUCUGGUGGGUAUGUUGGAUAACUUUACACAAUGUCCACGCUAUAAUGCAGAUUUCCACCUAUUUAAUGAAUUUUGCCAUGUUAAUAUACCUCAAAGGCUUCGAACACUUUGUUCUUUUUGAUUAUUGGAGUCUUUUGAGUAUUUACCAGCUCGGGUCUACCCUUAAUUCUUUCAGUGUACCAUUAAAGGUUCUAAAAUUUCAAAAAUCAUUUUUUAAAUAA